AUGCGAGGUGGACUGCGGGUUAGAGAGCUCUCCGGCUUCAAUAUAGUUGUAAAUGGUGGAAACAGUUCUGGAGCUGACGAGCUUGAAUUGCACAAUCCAAAAAAUGGCACAAACCUCCAGUGGAGAUAUUUCUAUAGAAUGGCUGGUGCUGGAGAGAGGGUUGGAUCCCUGCUUGCUGCUGUUCAUGUUGCGACAAUGGUUCAGAAGCCACAUAAGCAUGGUCAUCAACGAUACACAUUAACAUCAGGGGAAUGUGAUCCCUUUGAAGCCAUUUAUGAUGAAGAUCAGUUGGCUUGGUUCGAGUCCGAGAAGCAACAGCGAAUUCAAUUGGCCCUCUAG